AUUCAGUAUAAAGAGAUGCCUCCAUGUCCGUGGUCUGUCCUUUUUGUGUCCAUACUUAUACUAUUUUUAGCACAGCAAAACCAAGCAUGUUCCACUCAGAUCUGUAGUUUUUCACUGAAGCGUCUCAGGGGGCGAUAUGCUGCUGUUUUAAACACUAUUUUCUCAUAAGAGCAGAAGAAGAAGAAGGUCCUAUGGUCAGGUACAGCUGAUAAUAUUCAUAUUUUGCAAAACCUGACAAGCUAUAGAAGAAUUAACCUUGUAUGCAAAUUAAACAUGGGAGAUGUGAAGAAGUUGAAGGGCUGAAAAUAUGUUUCCAACAUGUUUUGUAGACUCAAAUUUCAAAUAUUUCUUCUUAUGUUGCACAGGAAAAGUGUCUUUUCCUGUGCAGCAUAAUAUUCUAAGAGCAGGAAUUUUUAAUAGACAAGCCAUCAAAUUAAAUAGCAAAAUGUAAUAAAACCAAAAGAACAACAAAAAACGGUGAAAUGAGGACUAAAUCCCUAAAAUUAUUUAAAGGUUCACAUCAAGGAGUUGAAAUAGAAGCCACAGUGCAAACAAAAUCUUUAAAAGACCUUCUGGAGACUGAAAAACCUUAAAACUUUCAAGAAAGUCUUACAUCAUAAUCUCUGAAUAAUAAAUUCAUAAUAAAAACAUUAUGCUGAUCUAAUAUAUGGAAGUUAGGGCACCAAAAGACAUUCUGGAAACUGAAACAACAAUAUCAAUUUUGUCAUCAAAACUGUAAUUUAUUUUUCUAUUCAAAGUUGCAUUGGAAGAAAUUUUCUGUUUUUACAUUUACUCCUUUCAACUGCUGGUUUUAGAGACACUAUAUAUUCAGUGUUUAUCCUCUGUGGCAAAUGUGUGUGUGUGUGUGUGUGUGUGUGUGUGUGUGUGUGUGUGUGUGUGUGUGUGUGUGUGUGUGUGUGUGUGUGUGUGUGUGUGUGUGUGUGUGUGUGAGAGAGAGAAUGUGUGAAAGACAAACUGCCGGCGAGCAUUUCUUUCCCUGUCUGUGUGUGUUUGCGUUUGCACGUGCUGCUCCGCUCCUCUCUCCGUCAUGGUAAUUCGGCAUCCGUGUGUAAUUUCUUUACCAUUUUGGCUUUGAUCUGAAUCCGAGCCCUGAAGCUUAUCAUGACUUUGUGUUGCCUCCAUGUAGUCGGGGACGGAUGCUGGGGGUAGAGUCGGAAAAGGGGUGGAGAAAAGAGGCAGAGAGAGAGAGUUUUAUUUUUAGCUUCCUAGCCCCACAUCCAAGUGUGUUUGAUCAAGUGUGUGUUGGUGUGUGUGUUUGCGUGUUUGGAUUAGUGUCUUUAGCCUCUUGGUCAGAAGAAGGUAAUAUGCUUGUCCGAAACAACUUUGUCAGGCACAUUUAUACAAAGAUGGUUUAAAAGUGUGGAGUUAGCCGGAGUUUGGGAGGCAGAUGGGGGGUGUGCGGGAAAAAGAGCAAGACUGACGGACACGCAACGAGAGACAGCGAGGGGAGAGGGGAGGGAGGGAAGACACGGUGGGAGAGAGGAUAGAAUGAAUAAGCAAUCCUGCUUUUCCACUUCAGGCACUCGCAUCUUCCACAGAUCACAUGCAUGCUUCCUCUCCCUGAUAAUCUUUGUUCUCCUUAACCUGUCCUUUAUUUUGUCUCAGCCUCCGUCUCCUUGUACCAUCCAGCAGGUCCUCCUUUGUCCUUCUCCUCGUAUUUUCUCUGUCUUUCCCCAAAUGUCCCUUGAUGUCAGUCAGUAACCCACUGAACCUUUUUCCCCUUUCUGGUCCUUCUACUCCAAUGCAUGCCUUGACACCCAUCCAAACAUGCAUGCAGACAAGUGCACUCACAAACCGACAUAAUAGUACAGUUAGAGGUAAAACAUAAAGGACAGGGAGAUUUUGUUGCCUUUUUUUUUUUUCUUUUUGCAAUGGGAAACUCUGUAAAGUCACUAAAAAAUUUCACCAAGAAGGACAAGAAGAAGAACUACAAAGCAGUGCAGUCCAGUGAGGAGGGGGGAUCUGGGGGGGGGCAUCUUGAGCCACUAGUAGCCCUGGCCCAGAACGGAGCCAACAUGCACAACGUGCUGGGGCCUGCAUGCAUCUUUCUACGCAAGGGCUUCGCUGAGAGCCGACUGGCUGACCGAGAGCUGAGGCCAGAAGAGCUGGAUGAGUUGCGUGAAGCAUUCAAGGAGUUUGACAAAGAUAAAGAUGGGUUCAUUGGCUGCAAAGACUUGGGGAACUGCAUGCGGACGAUGGGAUACAUGCCAACAGAGAUGGAGCUGAUAGAACUGAGCCAGCAGAUCAACAUGAACCUGGGAGGACAUGUUGACUUUGAGGACUUUGUUGAACUUAUGGGGCCCAAACUUCUGGCUGAAACAGCCGACAUGAUCGGAGUGAAGGAGCUGAGGGAUGCCUUUAAGGAGUUUGACACCAAUGGUGAUGGCCAGAUCAGCACAGCCGAACUCAGAGAAGCAAUGAAAAAACUGUUAGGACAGCAGGUUGGACACAGAGAUCUGGAGGAAAUUCUACGUGACAUUGACCUAAACGGAGAUGGACAUGUGGACUUUGAAGAAUUUGUUCGAAUGAUGUCCCGAUGAGUUCCUGCCAGACCUUGUAUCGGAUGUGGAUCCUCAGCUGGAGGAGCGUGGAGAAAGCCUGGCGAAGAAAACCAACUUUCUCUGAACUGUGAAGACGGCAAAAACAUAUCAACCUUGCCCCAAAACUGCCUCGCUGAACGGCUGACGAGUCCAGCCAGGAGCCUCACUGUUAAUGACACCCUGCUGCUGUUCCUCCGAGCAUAAACAAAACCAACGGCUGCACUCGUGACUUUUCCAGAGUACAUUUUCUAAACGUGAUUUCUUUAAUAAUUACAACAUCUCUGUGUGUUUACCGACCCGAUGGGUAAUGCCGGAUGUGAUGUUUGAGAUAUUUUCUGCAAACACCAACAGCCUCUUAUUGCGCACUGUAGCAGUUAAGAGUAAUUAUAUUUAAUAGAGCCGUUUGAAGCAAAGCAACACAAAGUGCAGUGAAAUCUGUUUAAAUCCAGAAGUUAUAUGAAGCACAAAGACAAAAAGCAAUAUAGAAACAUACCUUGUCAUCUCGUCAUGUCUGCGUGUGCGUUUUGUGUGUUGUUGAUGUUAAAUGUCGAUACCGACCACAGAAAAAUCAACUUAAGACAAAUUGAUAUUUGUUUGGUAAGUAUGUAAAAUGUAGCACUGACUUUUCUGUGACAUACAUGUGCAACUUCUAGCGUGCAGAAGUUACCAAUUUAGCUGCAAUCCUGUAAGAAAAACAUUAUUAGUACCAGAAUAAGCUUUUUAUUAUUUUUAUGGUUGAUUAUUUCUUGCAUGAAUAAUAAUGAAGUAUGUGAUCAGAACGUUGUCACUAAUCUGUCGCUGAGGAAGUCAGCAGAUUAGUUAAUAGGAAUGGUUUUAGAUGUCAUGAAAGUGUUUUAUUUUGGGGAUUUUGUAAGUUUUCUUAUUUUGAAAGCCAAAAAGGUUCCCUUUUGGUCAGCAUUAUAUACCUCAAAGUGAGCUGAAACGUAAAUGUCCUCCACCCUCCUCUCUAAACACAUUCCAGUCUCUAAAACCUGUGUUACUACUUUAUUAUCAGUAAAUAUGAGGAAGCAGGUGAGCUUCUUAUGCAAAAAAGCCAAAGAACGUUUACAAAAUCUGAUUUAGUUUAAUAAGCAAAGCUGGGACAGCUUUGACUGUUCAAGAAUAAACAAGAGAGAAUAUGCAUGUUUUCUGAUCUUGAGAUAUAUUUGAAAAGGGAAAUCCAACUUUGUGAUUUUUAUGUGUCUUAACUGUGUGAAACUAUGCAUGACAGAAAACUACUGCGAUUUGUAGCAGAAUAUUUAAAAAUAAAGAUAUUUCAAUUGGAAAA